GCAAAUGGGAAUAAGUGCGAUAACCAGCCAGAGUCGUAGUUCAUACGCACUAUCCAAAUAUAAAUCUAUAUAUAUAAGUUAACCAACAAUCUCUUUAAGUGGCAACAAGAAAAAGCCUAUCUUUCCUAGAAAACGAUUAGUCCCUCACGAAACUCAUGCACUAGACCUGUUUCCGAUCUCGUGUCCAACCCACAAAUAAAGCCAACGCAUAACUGCAUCUUCAACAUUCCUUUACCCAGCAGCAACAUUAUUGAGCUCACCAAAAAUGUCAUCAGCAACAUCUAAAUCUGAUAAAACCACCCAAGACGCUCCACCUUCGCCGUCUGAUGCUCAAGAAUGCCCUCCCGGUUUAGUCAAGUUGGUGCUUUCGGAGCUGAACGUUCAACGGAGAAUAGCCAUUCCGUUGAUGGCCAUGAACUUUGCUUGGUUUGCCAAGACAGCCAUCACGACUGCUUUUCUGGGCCGCCUUGGUGAGCUCAACUUAGCCGGUGGUGCCCUCGGUUUCACUUUUGCUAAUGUUACCGGCUUCUCUGUCUUGAACGGUCUCUGUGGCGCCAUGGAACCCAUCUGUGGUCAAGCUCAUGGUGCCAAGAACUUCAGGCUCCUUCAUAAGACGCUUCUCAUGACAAUCCUCUUGUUGCUCGUCAUAACACUUCCCAUCUCUUUCUUGUGGCUUAACAUUGACACAAUCUUAAUUCAUUCUGGCCAACAAAAAGAUAUUUCAGUCGUGGCCAAAACCUAUGCCAAAUAUCUCAUCCCCGACUUGGUAGUCACCGCAUUUCUCUGUCCCUUGAAAGCCUACUUGAGCUCUCAAAGCAUAACUGUCCCAACCAUGUUCAGUUCAGCCUUAGCCCUUGCUUUUCACAUACCCACAAACAUAGUCCUCACAAAGGCUAUGGGCCUCAGAGGGGUUGCAAUGGCGGUUUGGAUAACUGACCUGAUAUUUACAAUUCUACUGGCCACUUACGUUUUGAUUCUGGAAAACAGGAAGGAGAACAGGUGGAGGGAAGGAGGGUGGUGGGAUCAAAGCAUUUAUAGUUGGAUAACGUUGCUGAAACUCAGUGGAUCAUGCUGUUUCUAUACCUGCCUUGAGUGGUGGUGUUAUGAGAUUCUAGUCUUGCUCACUGGCCACCUGGCAAACGCUAAGCAAGCAGUGGGAGUUUUAACCAUUGUGCUCAACUUCGAUUAUUUGCUAUUCUCAGUCAUGUUAUCCCUAGCCACCUGUGUUUCGACCCGUGUGUCCAAUGAGCUUGGUGCGAACCGAGCGGUUCGUGCUUACCGGUCCGCCUGUGUGUCUCUGGCCGGAGGCAUAUUGUCAGGUUGCGUAGGCAGCUUGGUGAUGGUGGGCGCGAGGGGAGUAUGGGGCCCCCUGUUCAGCAAUGACGGGGGAAUCAUAAGGGGGGUGAAGAAGACGAUGAUGCUGAUGGCUCUUGUGGAAGUGUUCAAUUUUCCACUCGCUGUUUGUGGAGGCAUAGUAAGGGGAACGGCUCGACCAUGGUUAGGCAUGUAUGCCAAUAUUGGUGGAUUUUAUCUCCUGGCUCUGCCUCUGGGUGUGGUUUUUGCCUUCAAGCUCCAUCUUGGGCUCAGUGGACUAUUUUUUGGACUAGUGAUUGGUAUUUUCGCAUGCUUGAUGCUCAUACUGGUAUUUAUCUCCAGGAUAAAGUGGGAGGAAGAGGCUCGCAAGGCACAAACACUAACCUCAAGUGUUCAGGACCAAGAAGUAUUUGAUGAAAAUGAACAAACAGAAGCCCUUGAAAAUGUUAAAAGCACAACAAUUACUAGUUCAAUUUAGAAAACAUGUAUAUCUGCAUCACUCGUGCUCAGCUUAACCAUGCAGCAUAAUCAAGAUCGAGGCCAUACUUCUGUAGAUUGGUUGAGUUUUUUCUUGGUUUAAAACUCCAUCUUCAUUCUUUAUUGCCUCCGUAAUCUGAGAUGUUUUCUGCAAAUCACUGCAAAUUUACAAUCACUGUAAAAUGCUCCUGAAUAUGUCACUGCUCUUUUUUCGCAUUA